ACCUUUGAUAUUUUGUUGCCAUCGAGACACGAGCUUCAUCCAACCUCAAGCUUGUUACGCACCUCGACCCAUCCACCCUCUACACAAUGUCGGGCACUGAAACAUUCCCGCACAGGCCUUCCAUCGAAGUGUCACCAUUCACAGUCAAAGUGCCAGAGGCCGAACUUACAGCCUUUCACAAUCUCUUGCGCCUAUCCAAGCUUGGACCCAGGACAUAUGAGAACACCAGCGCGAAUGGCAAGUUUGGCGUGACGUACGAUUGGAUGUCCAAGGCCAAAGAACACUGGCAAGAUGUCUUUGACUGGCGUUCAGUUGAAUCGCGCAUCAAUGCAUUCCCAAACUUCAUCGCACAAGUCCCAGACGAUGACGGUUCCCUGCAUCAAAUCCACUUCGUUGGACUGUUUUCAAAAAGAAAGGACGCCGUUCCCGUGAUGUUCAUCCACGGAUGGCCAGGAAGUUUCAUGGAGUUUCUCGACAUUUUGACACUCCUUCGAAAACGGUAUACUCCCGGUGAGCUCCCCUACCAGGUCAUCGUGCCUUCUCUCCCAGGAUACGCCUUCUCGUCGACUCCGCCCGUGGACAGGAACUGGAUUCUUGAAGACUCGGCACGACUCCUGCACAAGCUCAUGUGUGGACUCGGCUUCGAAGGCGGCUAUGUCCUACAAGGCGGCGACAUAGGGAGCUAUACCGCGAGGAUCAUGGCUGCCAUGUAUGAUUCAUGCAAAGCACUACAUCUCAACUUUUGUGUCGUCCCACAACCUGACCCAACAAUCCAUGGCAAACUCCCGCUCGAAGAUUUUGAAAAGAAGGGCCUCGAAUGGGGUGAUCGAUUCGCCAAGUUCGGCUUUGCAUAUGCUCUCGAGCAUGCAACACGUACGUCGACAAUCGGCUUCACACUAUCAUCUAGCCCAUUGGCUCUCCUGGCAUGGAUCGGAGAAAAGUUUUUGACGUGGACCGACACGACUCCUACCGUCGACGAGAUCCUAACGUCCGUCACGUUGUACUGGCUCACCGAAACUUUCCCGAGGUGCAUCUACCCUUACCGUCAAGAAGUCGUCGACACUCCCGUGGAUUGGGACAAGGACGAAGAAGCGUACUCGAGGGUCUACGACAGGGGAGCCGACCGUUACAUGAACCACGCGAACCCAGACUACCACUGUCGCAAACCCAUGGGGUUCUCCUGGUUCCCCAAGGAAAUCACACCGACACCGAAGAGUUGGGUCGCCACCACAGGAGAUCUGGUGUGGUUCAGGAAUCACGACGAGGGCGGUCAUUUUGCUGCCAUGGAGAAGCCGGGCGAGCUUUUACAAGACGUCGAAGAUUUCGUCAAGCAGGUUUGGCAGCAGUAAUAACGAGGUAUCCUUUGGAUAAUACCUCCAAGAUCAAACUCCUCGAGUCCUUCCGGUGUGAGCAGCAGUUGUGCGUUAUGCUGAAGCCCGGCAAAAUCUAAAGGCAAGAACCCUUGACACUUUUGCUCCUUUUUUUUCUUUUUAGACCACGUCCAGAAGAGAGAAGAAUCCGAUCUUUGGGUCGCAGAUUUAGACCACAAGCAAGUAUGCGAGUGCCACCAGAUACUACCUAGAUAAAUCAAAGGCAUAUCACCAUUGGAG